ACUGCAAUGCAAUUUGAGAAUACACAAAAUUGAUGCAAAGUCAUACUGAAUCAUACUAUUAUGUUCAGGGUGAUUCAAUGGAGUGGACCGACGAGUACGUCCAAAUCAUUUGUUCCUUGAUGGCCGAACAAGUGGAACAAGGGAAUCGUCCCAACACUCAUUUGAAUCCUUCAGCUUAUAAUACAGUGUCAGAAAGGUUCUAUCAGAUGACUGUAAUUAGUUUAUCAAAGAUGCAACUGAAGAACAAGUGGGAUAAGUUAAAGGGUGAUUGGUCUUGUUGGAAUAAAUUAAUGAGGAAACAAACUGGAACAGGUUGGGACAGUUCGAUGGGGGUUAUUGUCAUGGACAAUGAGUGGUGGAAGAAGGCGAGAAAGGACAUUCCUGGACGUGGCAAGUUUAGAAAAAAGCCUCUUCAAAAUCAGCUGCACCUUUCCAAAAUGUUUGGUAAUAUUUUGAAUGAUGAACAAGAUCAUUGGAAUCCCAUGAGUGACAAUCCCAUCAUACCCCCAAGUCAAGAGAAUUUGGUUGACGUUGAUAAUAUUGUUGAAGUUGGAGAGGAAGAGCUUUAUGAAAUCCCUGAAGAUGUUGGUAACGUGGUUGGAGGUGAGGAAGAUGAGGUCCAGGAGGUUUCUCCUUGCAUUGCUAAUGCAAAGAAGAUACCUCGUGUGCUUGUUGAAAAAAAUAAGAAACAAAAGUCAAGCACAUCAGUUGUCAUCCAAGAUAAAAUUACAAAGAUAGCUGAAUGUGCCGCCUCUUUCACAUCAAUGAAGCAAGGAGAGGUGACAAUCAAGGAAGUCAUGGAUAUGGUCUUGGAAUGUGGGGCCGUGUAUGGUUCCGAUGAGCAUGAUAUUGCCACACAGUUAUUUGUGAAGAAGGAGCAACGGGAAAUGUUCAAGACCCUUCCUAAAGAGUGUAGGUUUAAUUGGCUUAAGAGGAGAUACAACGACAAGUAUGGAAAUUGAAGUAGUAAUGUGUUGGCGCGUGAUUUUUUUGUCUCAUGUCAUUUGAACUAUUUGGUUUAUGCAUGUCGGAGUGAACUAUUUUAGCAUUAUAUGUCAUUUGAACUAUUUGGUUUAUGUAUGUCGGAGUGAACUAUUUUACCGUUGUAUGUCAUUCGAACUAUUUGGUUUAUGUAUGUCGGAGUGAACUAUUUUACCGUUGUAUGUCAUUUGCACUAAAACAUUUGCGCUACAUAUGUCAACUAAUAUUUGUCGGUUUUUGUUAUUGUGCUAUAUGCAGAUAUCUGAAAGUGAUAGUGAUGAUUCCGAUGAUGAUAGUAACCAGUUUUUAAAUCUUGUUUUGGGUGCUGCUACACUUGCACAAGUAUAUUGUGAUCAAUAUCUUCAUAAGAACCCACCGAGGACAUCAAUUCUAAGUGG